AUGGCGUCGGCAGCCCUGGAGCUCAUGGGUUUCUUCCUGGGCAUCUUUGGGAUGCUGGGCACCCUGGUGGCGACGGUGCUGCCCUACUGGAAGAUCUCGGCGCACAUCGGCUCCAACAUCGUGACGGCCGUGGCCAACAUGAGGGGCCUCUGGAUGGAGUGCGUCUACCAGAGCACGGGGGCCUUCCAGUGCGAGACCUACAACUCCAUGCUGGCCCUGCCCUCCGACCUGCAGGCCUCCAGGGCCCUCAUGGUCAUGUCCCUGGUGGUGUCCAUCCUGGCGGUUGCCAUGGCGGCGCUGGGCAUGCAGUGCACUCUGUGCCUGGAGGGCUCGGGGCCGGUGAAGGGCCGCGUGGCCGGCACCAGUGGGGGGUUGUUUGUGGGCGCGGGCUUCCUGGCCCUCAUCCCCGUGGCGUGGACCACCCACGAGGUGGUCCGGACCUUCUACCACACCAACAUACCGUCCAGCAUGAAGUUCGAGAUCGGGGAGUGCCUGUACCUGGGCCUGGCCUCCGCCAUCAUCUCCAUGCUGGGGGGCGGGCUGCUGUGCACGUCCUGCUGCGAGGACCAGAGCGGCCGGGGGCGCCACGGGGGCCGCUACCCGUACCCGCCGGGGGUGGGCCUGUCCGGCACGGGGGUCCGGACGACGUCCCAGACCUACCGGAACCCGGCGCUGCAGGGGGGGGGCAGCAGGGCCCAGACCCUGGUCCGCAGCGGCAGCGGCAGCUCCGGGUCCAACCCCCACAGGACCCCGGGGGGGGCAAACAAACCCACCGCGGCAGGGUACGACAUCACGGGAUACGUCUGA